AUGUCUGCCCUUAACCUCAAGGCUCCUGGCCCUGAGGAAUUGAAAGCCGAGCGCGAGCUAGGCACUUUUCCCAUCCGCCAAAUGACUUACUUUUUGGAUGGUGGCGAAAAGCAAACCAAGCUGAAGGAGAAGAUCAUGCUGUCGCUGGAGAGGGAUCCUGUCUGGAACGUCAGCGACCAGCACGACUUGACUUUGCAGCAGAAGCGUGAGAGGAGUAUGCAAAAGGUCCGGAGAGCCGCGCACUCCGUUGCCAGCGAACCUACAGCAGUUUUCAGGAAGAGGAUGGAGUUGAUCAGUGUCUUGGACCCAGGAACGUGGACUCGUAUCGGUGUCCAUUAUGGUCUUUUCUUCGGAGCCUUGAGUGGUGGCGCCACCCCCGAGCAGCUCUCGUACUGGGCGCAAAAGGGCGCCGUCACACUGAAUGGCCUGAUUGGCUGUUUCGGAAUGACCGAAUUGGGCCACGGAUCCAAUGUCGCUGGUCUGGAAACCACUGCAACCUACGACGAGACUUCUGACGAAUUCGUCAUUCAUACUCCUACUCUGACCGCUACCAAGUGGUGGAUUGGAGGAGCCGCACAGACAGCAACGCACUGCGUUGUCUUCGCUCAGCUUGUGGUCAAGGGCAAAAAAUAUGGCGUGAAGAACUUCGUCGUUCCCCUGCGGGAUACCGAAACAUUCGAAUGUUUCCCCGGAAUCGUUAUUGGAGACAUCGGGGCGAAGAUGGGUCGAGAUGGUGUCGACAACGGCUACAUCCAGUUCACACAUGUCCGCAUUCCACGAUCGUACAUGUUGAUGAAGCACACAAAAGUCAACCGCCGCGGUGAGGUGAAGGAGCCACCACUCCAGCAGCUGACAUAUGGAGCCCUCAUUCAGGGUCGUGUAUCUAUGGUUAUUGAUUCUUCGUCCAUCUCAAAGAAGGCUUUGACCAUUGCCAUCCGAUAUGCCGCUAUCCGUAGACAAUUCGGCGCAAAGCCCGGUCAACCCGAGACCAAAAUUUUGGACUAUGUCAUUCACCAGUACCGUUUGAUGCCACUACUCUCGCAAGCGUUCGCGAUGCACUUCACUGCCAUCGAGGUUCUUCGUAUGUACGAUGAGCUCAUGGCGAACAUGGAUUCCUUACAGCCAGGGGAUAAGAACCUUGGAGACGUUCUUGAGAAGCUCAAGGAGUUGCACGGUACCAGUGCGGGUCUCAAGGCGUUCUCGACGUGGUCGACACUGAAUAUCAUCGAUCAAUGCCGUCAAUCUUGCGGUGGUCACGGUUACUCGGCCUACACUGGGCUUGCAUCGCUCUACAGUGACUUUGCCGUCCACUGCACAUGGGAGGGUGACAACACCAUCUUGACGUUGCAAGGGGGAAGGUAUCUCAUCGGCUGUUACCGCGAAGCCAAAGCUGGCAAACGUCAAGCAGGUGGCGUCGCCUACCUGAACAACUUGGACACCCUUCUGAACAAGAAGUGCGCUGCCAAGUCGCAAGAAGACAUCACAAACCUGAACGUCAUCGAGGAGGCAUUCUGGCUUGUUUCUGGAAAUGUCGUCAAGAAGGCUGGCGAGGACUUUGAAGAUGGUCUGAAGCGUGGAUUGAAGGACGAUGAGUCUUACGAGGAGUGCUCGCAAGCCCGUCUGUACGCCAGCAAGAUCCACAGUCUCGGGUACUUCUUCCACCGCUUCAAGUCCGGCAUUUCCCGCGCUCCUGCUGAGCUUCUGCCCAUCCUUGAGCGCCUCUGCUUGCUUUAUGGGCUGUACUCCAUCGUAGAGAACGCAGGACCUUUCCUGCAAUACGGAUACUUCACCCCACAACAGAUGGACUGGAUUCGCGCAAGUGUUGCCAUUCUGUGCAAGGAAGUCCGUCAUCAAGCCAUCCCAUUGACGGACGCUUUCAACUACUCCGACUUCAUGUUAAACUCGCCAUUGGGACGGUACGACGGAAACGCCUACGAGGCGUACUUUGGCAUGGUUCAACAAGCUCACAAGGCCGGAGCUGUCCCCUCUUACUUCAAAACGGAGACAUACCCAUUGUUGCACCGCAAGCUUGAGGCAGACGAUGUGCUGGAGUUGGAUGAGGAGGACGACGAGUAG